GCUCGGGUUUUUUUGGUUGGCUCGUUGGUAUGGCGCCAGGUCCUUGAUGAUUGACGCUUUGCUUUCCUCUGGCCGUCUCGCAAACCCUCGAGUCAAGCAUCAACCAAAGCACCAUAUCAAACGGCAGCCCAGCUGGAACGUUGUGCCACGGUUGAGCUGGACAAAUUACUUGUCACUACAGCCAGUUCACCCUCUAACCUUCCACCAUGUACGGUUUUGUUGCCGAGGCGCUCGUCGAGUGGCUUCAAACGCGCGACAAUGCCGAUGAAGAAAUUGCCAAAAUCCUCGAGCUGGCGCGGUGUCGACACUGACAUUACCUUCAACACAGCACAACCCGACGAUGAGACCCUCAUUUGCGUCGCCGUUUCUGCAGAGGUGACGGGUCUCACGGUGGAAGAGGUUCUGUUUCAAACAGGCCUGUACCAGCUCCCGCCCUUGAUUCGCAAGGGCUACCUGCCUUUGGCCCAGAGUUUGGGGGAUGAUUUUUUCAUGUUGUGUCGCAACCUGGACACCAUGCACAUGAACUUUGCCAACGUCUACCCCUCCAUGUCCGGUCCCUCCAUCAACGCAUUUCGCAAUGAGGAUAAUACCAUUCUCAUGCAGUAUUUCUCCAGCCGCGACGGCAUUCGUCCCUACCUCUGGGGCCUUCUUACCGCUGUUGCCAGCGCUCUUUUCGACCUCCAGCUCGAGUUUACCACCAUCAAGCGCCGUGAGGACGUCGGCUACGACGAGUUUACCAUCAAGACAGACAACAUCGAGCGUACCUUUGGCACCCGCAUCAAGACUCAAGCCACUUACUCUUCAAACAACGGCAACCUCAAUCUGAGUCCUGAUACCCUCGAUGCCCUUUUUCCUUGGCAUCUGUCUUUCAAUCGCGACUUCAAGGUCACUUCGAUCGGUAGCAACUUGGCCAAGCGUUUUGCGAAAUCCUGCGUGGGCGACUCUUUGGACGCCAUUGCUCGCGUGGUGCGACCCUACACCAUCAAGUUUGAGUUUGACAAGAAAUCGGAAUGGGAUGGUUCUCAGAUGGUCUUUGCAGUUGUCCGCGACGAUGCCGCGAGAGACGAGCCCGUUUCUAUGAAGUGCCCUGUCACUGGCCGUACGUACGAGCUCACUGGAGCAGCUGCCGAGCGCUAUCGCCGCGUCGGUGUGGCCAACCUCAAAGGCCAUCUCUUUCUCAAGGGCGAAGUCCGCUAUGAGCAGGAGAUGGACGUCAUGGUCUUUGUUGGCACUCCCCACCUCAGCAACUUGGAGGAGCUCAAGACGUAUGACAUUGACCUCGUGGAGUUGCCCGUCCAUUCUAAUGCCCGUGACAUGGUGUUUGCGCAACAACACUCAAGCGCCACGAUCGGCAUGGCCAAGGAGUUGGAGGUGCUAACGCGCGAGCUUGAGGUUGAGCGUGAAAACGUCAAUCGUGAAAAGAUGAGGAUUCACGAGCUCUUGUACAGUAUUCUGCCUCCCACCAUUGCCGACUCGCUGCAGAAGGGCAUCAUGCCCGGCGCCGAGCGUUACGAAAAUGUUUCACUCCUGUUCUCCGACAUUGUGGGCUUCACCAACAUCUCCAGCAAUGUGUCGCCCACGGAUGUGAUGGCCAUGCUCAACGAGCUGUUCUCCAAGUUUGACGUACUUUGCGAGAAGCACAACGUUUUCAAGGUCGAAACAAUCGGGGAUGCUUACAUGGUGGCCAGCGGUCUACCCGUGGCCAAUCCACGCCACGCAGAUAACCUCGCCGGUUUUGCCGUGGACAUGGUGGCGGCAGCUGCCACUGUCUUGUCACCCAUGGAUGGCGAGGCCUUGCGCAUUCGCGUCGGUCUUCAUUCGGGUGUCUGCAUGGCCGGUGUCGUGGGCAUGAAGCGUCCGCGCUACUGCCUCUUUGGCGACACGGUCAACGUGUCCUCGCGCAUGGAAUCCACAGGCGUUCCCGGCGCUGUGCAGUGUAGCUACGCUUUUUUGAAAUCUCUUCACAAGCGCUCCGAAUGGAAUUACCUCACCCGUGGUCGUAUCGCGGUCAAGGGCAAGGGUGAGAUGAAGACCUUCUUCCUCCUGGGUCGCGAGAACGGUGACGUGCAACUCGAGGCCCCCGACGUCGAGGUCCUAAAAGCCAGCGGCCCCUCCACCCCUGCAUUGGACCUGCAUCGUGAUCUGCAACGCACUGUCUCUCCAAUGCCGGGUGCGCAAGCCAUGUAUGACCCGCGAUUUGCACUCUCCACCGGCCCUAGCCUUUCCCAAUUACCGAGCUCCAUGGCCUUGGGGUCUGAUGUCCCGCGCAACGUGCGCCGCGCUGAUGCUUCCAUGGAAGAGGAGGAAUACUUCACCGUCGAGAUUGACAUGGAUGGUCAGGCCCUGACAGUGCCCUUUGCCAGCGGCUUUGCCACACUGUCGGAGGUGAUGGCCGAUGUGCUGGAGGACGCACAGCAGGCCAGCAAGUAUCGCUUCUUCACCGAUGCCGCGUAUUCGAAGAUGCUUCUUUCCUCCAUGACUCUGCGCCAAAUUCAAUCCGCUAUGGCGACAACGGGGCGUAUCAAGCGCACCAGCCGGGUUCUUGAGCUCUACCUUGGGCCCGUGCCAGUGAAGGACACCUCCCCGAAAGUGGUCAGCCACUCCACCACCAUGCAGGCUGGUCCCGACUUUGCAACAGCAACUCCGGAUUUGUCCUCACUUCGCAUUGGCGCGCGACGAGGAGCAGUGGUGGCGGUACGGGCGGUUCAACAGCAGCAGACUGCGGUUCAUCAGCGACGAAUGGCUAGCUUUGACAGCUUGCUUCGUAAUUCGGCGCUCUUCAAACUGGACAAGGCCAUCUACGGGCGUCAUGUUCUCGGCACCAUUCAGGAGAACCUCCAUGACAAGGUCGUGGUCGAUGUCGGCCUCAAGUUUCCCGUGACCCUCCUCCGCAAGGAGAUUGGCUCGGCCGCCAGUUAUCAUCGCACACAGCCGGGACGGCGUGUCGUUGUGCAGCUGGAUGACCCCGAGUUGACGGCGCACUUUUUGGGCGAUGACCGCCACACUAGCACCAUGCAGGCCAAGGGUUCUUUUGUUCGCCUGCCCCUUGACAUUGAAAGUAGCCUGCAGGCUUAA